GGCUCCAGGCGGUGCUCAUAGGUUUCUGCGGAGAGGAAGUAGCUCAGAGAAGGGCACGCGAGACUCAGGUAAGUUGGGGUAACGGCAUCCCACCCUGAGUGUGAGGAGAGGCAGAAGCCAACGGUGGGGCUGGGGCGUGCCAGACCUGUAACCGGCGCCAAUGAUCCCCAGCGGGCUGCGGGCUGGGACGGAUCCAUGAACAGCAGGUGAAUCCUCUGCUGAGGGAAGGAACACUGUGCUCCCAGGUCAGGGAAACAUGUCCCGUCGGAAACAGACCACUCCUAACAAAGUUCCCUGUGACUGUGAUGAUGAAGAAGCCACCCAGGAUGCAGUUUCUUCCCAUACAUCUGAGGAGGAUGGCUCAAAGGUGAAAGUGAGAAAAGAAUUAGAGAAUGCUGAACAACCUGUGGCUGGAGCCCCACUGAUGAGAGGAAAUGAGGUGCCUGAGAGUUUGAAUGCUGACCCUAUGCUGGGACUGUCACAGUGCUCCCUCUGCCAGCUGGAGUGUGGAAGCAGAGAGCAGCUCAUCAUUCAUGUAUACCAGCACACUGCAGCUGUGGUGAGUGCUAAGAGCUACAUGUGUCCUGUAUGUGGCAGAGCCCUCAGCUCACCAGGAUCCCUUGGGCGACAUUUCCUGAUCCACUCAGAGGACCAGCUGUCCAACUGCGCAGUGUGUGGAGACUGCUUCACCAGCCAUGCCACAUUCAACAGUGUGAAGCUGCCAGAGGUGCUGAGCACAGAUCGGCUGCCUGCACCACAGAGCCAGGGCCCCUCCAGUGCUGAUGGGAAAGACAUUGCCUUUCACCCCCCUGUGUACCCUGCAGCCAUUCUCUUGGUGUGCAACAACUGUGUGGCUUACCGCAAGUUGCUGGAGGCACAGGCACCUGGCAUGCAGAAGUGGGUGCUCCAGCAGCAGAACAAGCCCCUGAAAACACAGCUGCAGCGGCUGGAGCGUGAGCGCAUGGCCAAGAAGAGCCGGCGGGACAAUGAGACACCUGAAGAACGGGAAGUGAGACGUAUGCGGGAUCGGGAAGCCAAGCGCCUGCAGCGCAUGCAGGAGACGGAUGAGCAGCGGGCGCGGCGGCUGCAGAGAGACCGGGAAGCUAUGAGGCUGAAACGUGCCAAUGAGACCCCAGAGAAGCGACAGGCCCGGCUCAUCCGAGAGCGUGAGGCCAAGAAGCUCAAGCGACACCUGGAGAAAAUGGACAUGAUGCUCCAGGCACAGUUUGGCCAAGAUCCCUCUGCCAUGGCUGCUUUGGCAGCUGAAAUGAACUUAUUCCGGCUACCAGUGAGCAGUGUGGAGCUGGAGAGCCAGCUGCUGGGCAAAAUGACCUUUGAGGAGCAGAGCAACAGUGCACUGCAUUAAGCUACAGCCAAGGACUGUGCCACCUCUGCUGCAUCUGCCACGUGUGCAUUGGCAGGCUUCUCCAUUCAGGAGGCUGCUGUGUGUCCCUGGCUGACUCCCUGACAGUUCUGGUUUUCUCCUGAACAUAGGAGGAGAACAGAGCUGAGAGGUGCCUGCCAAAGUAGCCCUGGUGGGAGCAGAUUCUGAGGAUACAUCCCUGCUGUGGGGGCCAAGUCACAGCCUGUGAACAGAAGGAAAAUAAAUUUAUGCUCAUGUUUAUUUAGUCCCCUUCUUUACCUUUUUGUGCUUUGUUCUGUUCUUGCACCCUUGCCUCAUUGAUGGGUUUGGGCUGCUGCAGUUCUACCAUAGGUGAAAGCCUACCUCACUAAAAAGUGUGAACUAUGAAGCUCAGGACUUUAGUAGUCCACACCUCCUCCAGGAGUAAAUUCCUUGCAGUUUGUACCCAUCAAAAAAACAAAGCAAAGGAGGAUGUUGUCUCCUUGGAAAUGGCUGUGCACACCCUUUCUCUUAACGCUAUCAUUAUGUGCUUAGUUGCAGUAGCAUCCAUGGAAAAAUGAAGAGGAAUGAGUUCCUAUUCUAAGAUACCCCAUAUAACCAGUAACAGAAAGGCUGACCGAGGCAAGAAAACAUCAGACAAGUUUGCUGGUUUACUCACAAGUUCAUUUUUUCUUAAACAGCAUUUCAGGUUUGCAUAUGAGAGUUUAUUGAAUGGUAAACAAUAAGGGUAGGUCAGUUCUCUAGUACUGUAUGGAUCUGCUUUCCCCUUUAUUCAGCAGCGGUGAGGCUACACCUGGAGUGCUGCAUCCAGGUCUGGGCUCCCCAGUGCAAGAGAGGUACAGACAUUCCAGAGAGUCCAGCAAAGGGCCACUAAGAGGGUUGAAGGUAUUGGAGCAUCUCCUGUGAGGAAAGACUGAGAGUCAGGACUGUUCAGCUCAGAGAAGGCUUGAUUUUACCAAUGUGUAUGAAUAUCCAAGGGGGAAAUACAAAGAAAAUGGAGCCAGGCUGUUUUCAGUAGUGCCCAGUAACAGGACAAGAGGUGAUGGGCUGCCGCGGAACGGACUCAGUCAGAGA